GUCCCGCCGAGAGGCUCGGCGCCCAGCCACCCGCUCCCCUCGCCAAUGGUCCAGAGCGACAUGUCGAAAUCGCCUCCCAGCCCGGCGCAGGAGGUGCAGAUGGAGCUGCUGGACAACCCCCUGCCCACGGCGGCGGCGGCAGCGCAGUCUUACGGUAAAGGGGCAAGAAGAAAGAACCGAUUUAAAGGCUCAGAUGGGAGUACAUCUUCUGACACUACCUCCAACAGCUUUGUACGCCAGGGUUCGGCGGACUCCUACACCAGCCGUCCAUCUGAUUCAGAUGUAUCUCUGGAAGAAGAUAGGGAAGCAGUGCGGAGAGAGGCAGAGCGACAGGCCCAGGCACAGCUGGAAAAAGCAAAGUCAAAACCUGUUGCAUUUGCAGUUCGGACAAAUGUUGGGUACAGUGCAGCUCAUGAAGAUGAUGUCCCAGUCCCAGGCAUGGCCAUCUCGUUUGAGGCUAAAGAUUUUCUUCAUGUUAAAGAAAAAUUUAAUAAUGACUGGUGGAUAGGACGAUUGGUAAAAGAAGGCUGUGAAAUCGGAUUCAUACCAAGCCCAGUCAAACUAGAAAACAUGAGGCUGCAGCAUGAACAAAAGGCAAAACAAGGAAAAUUCUACUCCAGUAAAUCAGGAGGAAACUCUUCAUCCAGUUUGGGUGACAUCGUUCCUAGUUCCAGAAAAUCGACGCCUCCAUCAUCUGCUGUAGACAUAGAUGCCACUGGCUUAGAUGCAGAAGAAAAUGAUAUUCCAGCAAACCAUCGCUCCCCCAAACCCAGUGCAAACAGUGUAACAUCACCCCACUCCAAAGAGAAAAGAAUGCCCUUCUUUAAGAAGACAGAGCACAUCCCUCCCUAUGAUGUAGUGCCUUCUAUGCGACCAGUAGUUUUAGUGGGGCCUUCUCUGAAGGGAUAUGAGGUAACAGAUAUGAUGCAAAAAGCAUUAUUUGAUUUUUUAAAACAUAGAUUCGAAGGGCGUAUAUCAAUUACACGAGUCACAGCAGACAUCUCGCUUGCCAAACGCUCAGUGUUAAACAAUCCCAGCAAGCACGCGAUCAUAGAGCGCUCUAACACCAGAUCAAGCCUAGCUGAAGUUCAAAGUGAAAUUGAACGGAUCUUUGAAUUGGCCAGGACACUGCAGUUGGUAGUGCUUGAUGCUGAUACCAUUAAUCACCCAGCUCAACUGAGCAAAACCUCUCUGGCUCCCAUUAUAGUAUAUGUAAAGAUUUCUUCUCCUAAGGUUUUACAGAGGUUGAUAAAAUCUCGAGGGAAAUCUCAGGCCAAACACCUUAAUGUUCAGAUGGUAGCAGCUGAUAAACUGGCACAGUGUCCUCCUGAAAUGUUCGAUGUAAUUCUUGAUGAGAACCAGCUUGAAGAUGCUUGUGAGCACCUUGCUGACUAUCUGGAAGCCUACUGGAAGGCCACACAUCCACCUAGCAGCAAUCCUCCUAACCAGCUUCUCACUCGCACACUUGCAACAGCCACUCUUCCUAUUAGCCCGGGUCCAAAUAUUAAUCUACAGCAGGGAUCUCAAGGAGACCAGAGGAAUGACCAUUCGGUCCCUGAGCGCAGCAGUUCCCACAUUGAGGAGGAAGCACGGGUCGAACCCACCAAGAAAUCCCAGCACCGCUCCUCCUCCAGCCAGCACCACAACCAUCGCAGUGGUGGCAGAGGCCUUCACAGGCAGGAAACUUUUGACUCAGAAACACAAGACAGCAGAGAUUCAGCUUACGUAGAGCCAAAGGAGGACUACUCACAUGAGCACGGUGACCACUAUGAUUCUCACAGGGAUCAUAAUCACAGAGACGAGUCCCGUGGGAUCAGUGAACACAGACACAGAGAGUCCCGGCACCGCUCAAAGGAGAGGGACCGCGAGCAGGACCACAAUGAAUGCAACAAACAGCGCAGUCGCCAUAAAUCAAGGGACCAAUAUUGUGACAAGGAUGGGGAAGUGAUAUCGAAAAAACGUAACGAUGCAGGAGAGUGGAACAGGGAUGUUUACAUCCGUCAGUAACUUUUGCCUCUGGCAGUCUUGUGUUUCUUUGAAGUCUUGUAACAAUGCCCCUUGAAAAUAUCUUGGGUUCUUCUUUGCAGAACAUAUGGUAUCCUUCUGUAUGCUGAUUUGUAUUGCUGUUGCUCGCAUAGCAAUAGCAUGAAAUAGAAUAUUCAUAUACUUAUUUUUUUGGUUAGUGCUAUAUGAAUUAGUGUAGUACAACUGAAGAGUUCCUGAUGUUGUACUAUGACAUUUUUCAAGCUGUUUUUGGUAGCUGCCACUUGAACAAUAUCUGUUGCCAUCAAGGUGUUGUUAGUGUUUUUUAAAAAAAAAAGGUACAUUUGAUGUCUAAUAACUUCCCAUGUAUUCAGCAAGCCAGGAUCAGCACAUAAAAAAUCUAAAACUUUUUGUCUGCUCUGAUUUUUAAUUUGUAUGCACUUGAUUUUGCAUAUUGAUUUAAGCACCACUCUGUUGCUUGUACCUCUGGUGGUCUCCGUAUGAAGACAGAAUUCAGUCUUGCCUUACACACAGGGGAUCAUGGAGUCAAAAUCUAUUUUCUAUGUAUUGGUACUGUGUACUGUAUAUACAGUUUAUAAAUGUUAUUUCUGCAGACACCUUCUUACUAUAUAAGUUUGAUCACACUGUUUUAGAGUCCUAAUGCCAAGUCAGCAGAUUUGCUUUUGAAUUACUGGCAACUGGAACUAGCCUCACUUAGGAAAUCUGUAACAGUGUUCAAUCUAAAUACUUUUUCUUCUGUAGCAGAAAGCUUAUACUUAUUGUAAAUAUGGAUGAGUGCUUGAGAUAAAGGGUGUAACUCUUAUACCUUAUGCUGUCCUUGCAAACCAAAUUUUGCAUUUUAAAGUUACGGUAAAGGUAAUGAACUUACCACUACAAAUUAUUCUUCUCUGUUCAGGUCACAAUAUUGCAAUGGGCACAGCUUAAUUUUUGUUCUACUGUCAGCAAACAGAGCACACAUGUUGGAGGUGUGUAUGUAAGUGGGUGGGUGGUGGAUUGACGUUCGUGUGCGUGUGCACGUUAGGCAGCAAACUGUAAAAAUCUACUGAAGAAAACAUAAGUUACUCAAAAGCCCCAAAAGUCUAUUUCUACAUUCUGUCUCUUAAUUUAAAAAUCCAAAUUGCAUUCAGGGAAUAUGCGGGAAUUUACUGACCCAGGUAAUUGGGUAAGCAUAAAUCUGCUGGCUCUUUGUUGAGAUUCAGGAGAGUAAAAACAGGCAAAUGUUACUGUGAGUUUCACUGGAAAUGUAAAAUCUUUGUGUUUUAGAGUAUUUGUUUUAGUAAGAAAAGUUUACACAGCUUGUGGAGGGUUAUUUUGUUGGAAAAUAAAUUUUUGUAGCUUCUCCACUUUUUCUACACUUGCCAAUUCUCUGCAUUCCCACUCUGCAGCCAGCUCACUGCUUUUCCUUCACCAAAGCUGUUGUGCUGCUGAUGAGAGCAUAGAAAAAUGACUGUGACUCUGUUAGGAGCUUUCUAGAGAAAAUGCAUUGAAAUUGAAGGGAGUGAACACAGUUUGUUUUGCACUGAACACCUGUUGCACUGGUAAGUGGGGGGAAAUUCUCUAUUAUUUUUGACUCCAGGUUCCAUACCCUUGCCUAGUGUAAAAGCUGUUCUGCAUCACAUGUAGUCUUUGUAGUACUUGUAUUAAUGAAAUACUUUUUGUAUUUCCCUGUAAAUAGCACAUUAUAUAAAGACUGUAGUGUGAUAAUAAUUAGUUUAGCUGGAAGUUCUUUUUAUUUAUUAUUUCAAUUCUGGGAAUAUCAGCAUUGCCUGAUUUUGAAUAUCAUUUUAGUGAAAUGGAUAAGAUAUAUGGCAGGUGCAUGCUUUCUCCAGUCUCCUAGCCCAGCAUCCAAGAAACUCGCUUAAACAUUCUCUGCCCUUCCUCUCCUACCCCUCUCCCUGGUGCUUUAUAAGCAUUUUUACAACAAGCUAAGAGUGGGAAAUUCUGCUGUCAGUUAUCUGGCCAUUCCUCCCAGUGCUGCUGACUGUUGUGGUUAUUCAAGGGUAGGUUUUGGCUCAAAGCAUGAACUGCGGGGAACACAAGAAAAAAGGUUAUUUUUCUAGAAAUAAAAUUCUCAUCAUUUUCUAAACAUCACUAAAUGGCUUUGUAGAGAAAGGAAGAAUAGGUAAGUAGAUCUGUUGUAUUACUAAAUGGAUAUAGAAGAGUACAUAAACUGGUUUUUGAUACAAGAGAAUUUUCAGGGUAUCUGUAAAAAAUUACAUUAAAAGACUGUUGUUUGAAUCAUAUCAGAUCACAUGUAAGUGAGAAGAAAAUUAUAUUGUCUUGCUCUGUAUAGCCUGGCUUUAGCUAAUUUACCAGUUGCAGUAAAUGGUGUUGCUCCCUGCAACUCAUGACAACUAUGUCGUCUAAGAAGUGAUUCCACUUCAAUACCUUGAAUAUUUUGUUCUUUUUUUUGUUGGGUUUUUGGUUGGUUGUGGGGUUUUUUGCUUUGUUUGUUUGUUUACUUUUGCUCCAGAGAGUGUUUAUUUUUCAGCUUUCCUAAAGUAUUUUUUAAGGAAUGUUUGGCAGAAUUUCAAAGCACUGAGUAGUAUAUGAAAACUAUGGCAUAGGCAGUUUGUGUAUAGACAAAUAAAUGAGAAAAUAAAGAGCAUAGUCCAAGCCCUAGUAUUUAAGUAUGGCCUAUAUAUUGAUUCAUGGAGUAUAAACAUUAAAAAAAAAGACAAAUCCAAAUCCAACUGGUUCAUAGAAUUGUGUUUUAUAUAGUGCUGCUAUUUAUGUAUAGACAACAUUCUACCAAACACGUGUAUUUCUUAGGCAGACUCACUGAAUAGGUUUUAUUAGCUGAGAUACUUUUUUUCAGUUUCUGUUUUAAGAGUGACAAAUCAUUUGUAAUGUGAGCUUGUACUACAUAUAUUGCACAAUACCACCUGCCUGCUGAGCACUACUUUGAAAAGCACUUUAACAGAGUUAUGUCAAUAAGAAGCUUUAAAAAUACUCCAAGUGGAGGACAUAUCAAAGAUUAUUGUGAUGAAAUGUCUUUGCAGAGUUUUGCCAUUAGAAGGUUUAAUACUGGUUGCAUUAGGAUACUAAUGAGUUCAUACUUCUGUAUCUGGUUUCAGGGGUUUUGAAUCUGAGAAAUGGUAGAGGUCCCAGUGAGCUCCAGAGUCUUAUGGAUGUGUGGUACAAAACAACUAAAAAGAUAAUAAAACCAGUGAAACAGAAGGAAAGGGAGGAAGAUAAAAUAAUUAAGUGAUAUGUAAGUCUGGGCAGCUCAACUCUGUAUUUUUCUAAAGAAUUUCAGUAUAUGGAAGGAAUGGGAUGCAUUUCAAGAUCUGCAUGUAUAUGUUAGAUGUUAACCUUAUUUUUAUGUGUUUUUUCAAAUGACUGUACAUCAGUGCUGAGUAGCCUAAGUCUAUCCUUUACCAGUUUUCUAGUGUCACACAGAUGUCAUGCAAGAAAGAAUUCUCUUCCAGAGGAACUGGAAGGAGAUGACAGUAAAAGUCUCCAGACCUGCUAAGGGACAGGACAGUGGGGAAGAAUAAGCAAACAGGUUUGUUCACAAAGGCAGCAUCAGUACGAGUUAUAUGCUGAAAACACUAUUUUUACUAAAUUAAUCUAUAAAUUACUGCCUAGAAUUUAAAGAAUUCUUCUAGAAUGCUCAUGAAUUUAUAUUCUGUAUCUGGCAUCAAGAGUUCAGAAUUUGAAGAGAGAUCCAUAGUUUUUGCUUCUCAAGGAAUAAAAUUAAAUACAUAGUUUCUCGUAAGGCUCUGGAGCCAUUUAACAAGAUCAGUUUUAAAGCCACAAAGAGUUUCAGAGGAACAUCUCUUUUCACAGAAAUCUGUAUACUCUUAACCUAUAGCCCUUAUAAUAAAUGGAGGAUAAGGAAAUGAAGUUGCACUCACUGAACCCUGAAUAAAGGGAGAGGCCCAUUUUUACUUCUCCCUGCAUACCUGGUUACUUAUCCUAUACAUGCAACUCCUGCCCAGAUCUAAUACACUGCCCCUUAAUACUUUGUCUUUUAUGAAUCUGUUGGCAAUUACCAUUUUUAACCUCUGUUGGUUUGUAAAGUCAUGCUCACGUUCUGGGACACCUGCAAAGGUUUUAAUGGGGUCCAUUAUCAUUCCCUCAGCUGGAAUGAAGUGAGUGGUCUGACUGCUUUUAAUCAGUGGAUGUUCAAAGGAAAAGAGCUGGUGUAAACCACCUCCUGUGUUUGUUAGUUACUAAAGCCUCUUCAAAAGGUGUUUUGAUUAGUGGUUACAUUUGACCUCUGAUUGCUUUAAAAUAUCAGGCUGAAAGCUGUUUUCCAAAAGUUUUUGACUUUCAUUCUAUUCCAUCCAUAAAUAUCGAGCAUAUUGCAAAAACUUUAUUACAAAGUCUAAACAGAGAAAUUAUUUUUCAGAGUGUAAUAUAACAUUUCUGGUGUACAUUUACUUAUAUUUAUUACUUUAUUGCAGAUCUUUCACCAAAAUCUUAGUUCUUCUAUCAUCUGUAAGAUAUGUGGAUGCCAUUUUUACUGUGAAUGUUUUUAAUCAAAUGUUAUUCAAUCAAUUUUAUUGCUUGGCAAUUUGUCUGUAAUUUAUUUCCCCACUUUUAUAUAACAAACUAUUACAUAUGAGCUUACAGUAGUUUUAUAGACAGUUUCUUUUUAUAACUUACCACCCUAGAAAUGUAUUCCUACGCAGCCCCAGAAAAGGUUUAUAUCAGAUAUAAUAGAGAUUAAGCAGGUUCUUUUAACUCAUCCAUAUUCUCAUUUCUUCCUUUAUUCUUGCCACUUUUAUCCAUCAUGCAUACCUACUUGGCAAUGAAUUCUAGCAGUACCAAAUUGGAUUUUCAUAUAAACUUCUUAUUCAUGAACAAUCAAACAUAAAAACAAGGUUCUUUAUAUUUUAAACUACCCACUCUAAAGUCAUUUCUUGAUUGACCACCCUCACUAGCCCAUUCCUUAAAAAGCAUAUGAAAUCCAGUGAUCCAAAAAACUGGUGCAUUCCAUGACACUGAAACAAGAAAAAGCUCUAUUAUAAUUUCAUAGUAUAUGAGGCUGCCUAUUUUAGUAUCUUUCUACUGACCAAGAUAGAUAUUUAGAUUUGGCACUAUUACUAAUCAUUAUUUGUGCAAACAGGGAAAACUACUUUUCAGACUUUCUUAACGACAGGAUCUGAUUGCAUGCCUAAUCUAUCUAUUUUGUAGGUUUAAUCUUUCAUUAUAAUGACAAUAACUUUUUAAAUUUAAUAUAUAAAUAUCUCAUAUAUAUAUAUUAAAAAUAUAUAUAAAUAUAUUCUAUUGUGCUUCAGCAUCAACUGGUGAAGCACAAUGAUUCAGUGUGUAAAGAUUAUCAGUAAAGUAAUCAUAUGAUAUGUUUAAAACACAUAUACACCAUCCAUCAGAACUGUCAAUGACAGAGUAUUCCUACCACUUCUGAAGUCACAGUAGGAUUGGAAUAGAAAAAAAAAGGGCAUCCAUCCAACUUUAGUCAUCUAACUUGGCCACACCUGUAGUGAGAGAAAGGAUGCUGGCUCCUUCAAGGGCUGGUGCAUCUUAAGUGAGUUUCUGUUCUGACCUGCCUGACAAAGUCACUCCCCUGUUCCCAAGAGGCACAGGGCCCUUGGGAAACAGCUCAGGCCAAUCCCUUCCAUAUGCUGAGUGCUCUUCUAAGGCUCCCAGUUGAUAUUGCAGAAAAAACCUUAAUAGCUAAAGUUCAUAUAUCAGUACAUUUUUCAGGUGAAGUCUGCUCUGCAAAUUACACUGGAAUUAACUAAAAGUUAGUUACAUUUUCUUCCCAGCCCCAAGAAACUUCUCCUAUAUCAAGUGAGGUCACUUCCUUAAAAUGCCAAUCAUCCAAACCUAAAGGAAGUGGGAGACGUCUCAACAAAUAUUCCACUAAAAAUUCAUCAAUCUUAAUUCUUUCAAAUUCAGCAUUGCACAAAUCCUGCUACUGAAACUGGAGGUAAACUUCCUUACUUUGUAUGAAUACAGACUUCAGUAUAUAGUUUAUGUGUGCUGAUUAAUGUUUACAAAAUUUCUAUAAUCUGCAAAAAAGAAAAUGCUUUUUUAGUAGCACUGAGUUAAAGAUUUCAACACGUUCCUACAAUAAAAGAUUCGUCCCUUUUGUUCCCAGGUAAUCAUUUUCACCAUAUUUAGACUAGAAAGAUUAUAAUAUGAACUUAAAUGACUCUAAAUAGGAUAUCUCACCUACUACUGAUGAAACAAAAUUACUUUAAAUUUUCUUUAGACAUGGUGUGUUUAAUGGCAAGGAAUGACCAACAGAAGUAGAGAAGUAGUAGACAAGAAUUCCAUUUUCCCAUCCUGCUAGGAUAGGCCUUACAGAGGAUGGACUUGUCAACCUUGGCAGGUCAGAAGAAAUGUUUUUAUUCAAGAGCAGUAGAAAACAUACAGUAUCAAAACAUUUAUGGAAAAUGUAUGAGAAAAGUAAACAACCAGACUACCGAGAAAGAGAAUUGUAUAGAUGGUUUUGAUUGUGAGCAAAUACAAAAUGCAUUUCUUACAGUAGAAAGACAAAUGAUAAAAGAACUAUUGCUCUUUUUAAUCCAACCAAAUAAUUAUGUGUGAAAACACAGACUUUUUCAGAUAAUCCUUUUUAAAACUGGAAAUUGAUCGAGUGAGAGGAAAACACCAAACACACACAGAUGUCAGUUUCUGUUUUUUCUUGUCCUUAGCUUUCCUUCUUUAGUGCUAUUGUCAGUUCCAGCAGGACUGAGAAUACUGUUCAAACUGGAACUGAAGCAGAAUUAUCAAAUACAUCGAACAUCUUUUAAGAAAUUCAGAUUAUUUGAACUUUGAGCAAUGUAGUAAGGCAGUUUUCAUUAGCAUGCUUCCCCAGUUUCAAUUUUCAUUAUUUUAGCUGGUGAUGCUUUCUAACCAAUAAAGAGUUAAUAUCCUUAGUUGUUUGAAAGGUGAUUUGCAACAUUUCAGAUGGUAUUAUGCAGUUUUCUGUCUUUUGAUAUAUUAAUCAUAACUGUAGCCCCUUCUGUUACAAAUGUUUGAUUUUAAAACUGUCACUUGUCAGCCAGUCCAAUAGGCUAUUUCAGAACCAAUACAGUUUAUGCAUGGGAAGUUUGAUGUUGAAACAAUAUUUAUUUACAUUCCCAGAGUGAGAUGGUUUAAUAUAUUCAUGCUGCUAUAAAAGACAUGCUACAAAGCCUAAUCGUAUUUUGUGUAUAUACUAUGUGUACAGAGAAUCUUGCUUGUAUUGAAAUAAAAGAGAAAUGAGGUUCUAAGUAUCAA